CACUGGAGGAGAACGGUGCAUGUGGAGUGAAUCAGUGGCAGUGGGCAAGUCACAGUUCACUCUGGGAGCCUGAUCAACGCUGCUGGUGGAGUACUAGUGGGCAGCAGCAGGAUGGAUUGCAGGAUUGGAUUCCAGCUGGGUGUCUCUUUUUUACUGGUACUCUUGGUGGGCCGUAGUGAGGCGUUGUGGUUUUCCUGGGCCAGUACAGACAGCACCACUGAGGUCCCAAUGGUGGACAAUGAGGAAUCUAGGAACCCUGUGGCUAGCGUUGAAUCACCAAAGCCGGACAACAUUGGAGAAGAUGGGGCAGAGAUCAUUGAUGUAGCUAGUCGGAUAGAUGAGAGCGGCGUCUCCCUCCUGCAGCUGAUCGGGGACCCUCCCCCGGACGAGAUCACCAAGAUCUAUGGCCCCGACAACAGCCCCGGCUACGUGUUCGGUCCCGAUGCUAACACGGGCCAGCUGGCACGCGCCCAUCUUCCCAGCCCCUUCUACCGGGACUUCUCCCUCCUCUUCAACCUGAAGCCCCAGUCCACCAAGGGUGGCGUUAUCUUCUCGGUCACGGACCCCUCGCAGCAGAUCAUGUAUGUGGGUGUCAAGCUGUCGCCCGUGAAGGCGAACAGGCAGAACGUAAUCUUCUUCUAUACGGAGCCCGACUCAAAGGAGUCGUACGUGGCUGCCACCUUCCCCGUGCACAAUCUGGCUGACCAGUGGAACCGCUUCUCCAUCUCCGUGCUGGAUGACAAGGUCACCUUCUACAUCAACUGCGACGACCAGCCCCAGGUGGUGCGCUUCGAGAGGUCCCCAGACGAGAUGGAGCUGGAGGCUGGAGCCGGGGUGUUCGUGGGCCAAGCCGGAGGGGCCGAUCCCAAUAAGUUCCUGGGGGUGAUCGGGGAGCUGAGGGUCAUUGGAGACCCUCGGGCCGCUGAAAGACAGUGUGAAGAGGAAGGGGAUGACUCGGAUGCGGCUUCAGGAGACGGCGGAAGCGGUGACGAGGAAGGGAAACCGGACGGGAAGAAGACAGGAUUGGGUACAUCCAUAUCGGACGCAAAGGUACAAAAAUACGUGUGGGUUGAAGAUGUCAGACCGACAGUUACGACUACUCCAACGUCAUCACGCCCCAUUCAGCAGCCCCCGGUGACCCGGAAACAACCAGAGGUGUCUCCCAAGAAAGAGACGGGCCAGGGUGGAUCUAGAGGAGAGAAGGGCGACAGAGGAGAGAAAGGAGACAGAGGUCCUCUUGGUCCAAAGGGAGAUUCUGGUUCCGAGUCGGGCACACAAGGAGGGGCACGUGGAGAGAAGGGAGUGCUUGGAGAAAAGGGAAUGAAGGGAAAAGCAGGCUUCGGCUACCCCGGCUCGAAGGGUGACCCCGGCCCCGCUGGUCCCCCCGGACCACCCGGCCUCCCAGGGCCCGCAGCGGAGGUGGUAUCACGUGGCGACGGCUCCGUGGUUCAGACGGUGGCAGGUCCAAGAGGACCAGCUGGACCUCCGGGCGCCUCCGGCCCUGAGGGACCCGCAGGAGCCGAAGGAGAGCCUGGUGAUCCUGGUGAAGAUGGAUCUCAAGGCCCUGUUGGACCACCAGGCUUCCCUGGAACCCCAGGAGACCCCGGGCUUAAAGGAGAGAAGGGUGACCGUGGUGAGGGCCAGCCAGGCCCCAGGGGACCUCCAGGGCCCCCCGGACAACCAGCGCCAUCCAGACACGACCGGCUGACCUUUGCGGACAUGGAGGGCUCUGGGUUCCCUGACUUGGAGACACUUCGGGGACUGCCUGGUUUGCCUGGCCCUCCUGGACCCCCCGGGGCCCCAGGUCCCGCUGUUGUUGGGACAGGGGUCUCUGGCUCGUUUGGCCCCAAAGGUCCCCCAGGACAGGAUGGUGCCCCUGGUCAACUGGGCUUGCCUGGCCCGCCUGGUGCUGAUGGUCGCCCAGGAGCUGCAGGCGCCAGGGGAGAGAAGGGUGAUCCAGGUCAACUAGGUCUUGCAGGAGCAGUCGGAGCGAAGGGCGCACAGGGAUUGACUGGCAUUCCCGGUCAUCCAGGACAGGAUGGAUUGGCUGGCCUCCCUGGACCAAUGGGACCAAUGGGACAACCCGGACCACCAGGACCCCCUGGACCAAGCUAUCGCGUUGGCUUUGAUGACAUGGAAGGCUCUGGUGUGGGAGUGGCCAAUGGGGUUCCUGGAGCCAGAGGGCCAGAAGGGCGACAGGGUCCUCCUGGCAUCCCUGGCCUACCAGGCAAGUCUGGUUUCCCUGGUACUCCUGGUGAGAAGGGAAGUGAAGGACCUCAGGGAAGAGAUGGCCGACCAGGGUUGGACGGCUUCCCUGGACCUAAUGGACAAAAGGGUGACAGAGGGGACAGAGGAGAAAGGGGUGAAUCUGGUCGCGAUGGAAACGGACAGCCUGGACCUCCUGGACCACCUGGCCCACCGGGACAAGUCAUCUACCAGACGUCCAGCAGUUAUGAUGGUGUUGGAAGCGUCGGGCCCCAGGGCGGAGCUGGUCUUCCUGGCCAAGCUGGAUUCCCUGGACCUAUUGGACCAAAGGGCAACAUGGGAGAACCAGGCCAGCCCAGUUAUGGAGUCAAGGGCGAGAAAGGCGAGCCUGGCUCAAUCAUUGGGCCUGAUGGGAAUAUUUUGUACCUGGGAAGAUUGUCGGGUGAGAAGGGUGACAGAGGACCUGCCGGACCCGUUGGGCCUCCUGGGCAGGAUGGUCCUCCUGGGAUAAAGGGUGAAUUUGGAAUGCCCGGAAGACCUGGUCGUCCUGGUGUGAACGCAUACAAGGGUGAAAAAGGAGAGCCAUCCACAGGAGCUGGAUUUGGCUACCCAGGUGUCCCAGGCCCACCCGGGCCGCCAGGACCACCCGGACCAGCUGUGACUGUGGACCGCUUCAACGGAUAUGACGCCUCAAGGAAUUAUCCAGCGACAAAGGGGGAGAAAGGUGAUUCCGGAGCUCCAGGUCUCACAGGACCGCCAGGUGUGGCCUCUAACUUCGACAUUUUUACAUUCAAGAAUGACCUGAAAGGAGAGCGCGGAGAUACAGGUGUGAAGGGGGAGAAGGGAGAGCCAAGUGGUGGCUAUUUUGACCCCCGUUUCGGAGGACAACAAGGUCCACCAGGACCCCCUGGAAACCCAGGACUUAGAGGUCCAAAGGGAGAUUCCAUCACGGGCCCUCCUGGUCCCCAGGGCCCACCAGGCUCCCCAGGGAUUGGCUACGACGGUCGUCCAGGAAACCCAGGCCCACCAGGUCCUCCCGGGCCCCCAGGGUCCAACUCACUACCAGGGGCCUACAGACCUACCCACCCUAUUAGUAUUCCUGGUCCCCCCGGACCUGCUGGACCACCUGGAACUCCUGGUCACACCUCAGGGGUGACAGUUUUGAGGUCCUACGACACCAUGAUUGCUACUGCAAGGCGGCAGUCGGAGGGCACACUCAUCUACAUUGUCGAUAAAACCGAUCUCUACAUCCGAGUCCGCGAUGGAUUCAGACAAAUCAUGCUCAGUGACUACAGUCCCUUCUACAGAGAUCUGGACAACGAAGUAGCGGCAGUCCAGCCUCCCCCUGUCGUCAAUUACCCCCAAUCCCAGGACCACUCGGCCAACAAUGGAGCUGAACAAUUCUCCCAAGGCGGUGCUGCCACCCACCCCAUCGUGCGUCCUCCUCGCCAGCCCAUUGAGAUCCCCAGGCCCGCUCAACCCAACAAUCACGACCCCAGAUACCCCCCUCAGUAUGAUCCCAGAUACCCCUCUCAGACUAACCCUAGGUACCCCCCUCAGACAGAUGGCCGCUAUAGCCCCGUGCAGCCUGAGAACAGGUAUCCCACCCAGCCCGAAAGCCGAUAUCCCAUCACACCCCAGAGACAACCUGUUCCCCCUCCUGUUCCCCAGCCUGCCGGUCACGUGCACACAUCAGGGCCAGGACUCCACCUGAUCGCCCUGAACACGCCCCAAAUGGGCAACAUGCGGGGCAUUCGAGGGGCAGACUUCCUGUGUUUCCAGCAGGCUCGUGCUGUGGGCCUGAAGGGCACCUUCAGGGCUUUCUUGUCCUCCAAGCUCCAGGACCUCUACAGCAUCGUUCGCAAGUCCGACAGAGACAGCCUCCCCAUCGUAAACCUCAAGGACCAUGUGCUGUUUAAUAGCUGGGAGUCUAUGUUCAGCAAGACUGAGGGGAGGAUGGAGGAAAAUGCACCAAUCUACUCCUUUGACGGUAGAGAUAUCCUCAGGGACAGUGCAUGGCCAGAGAAAAUGGUCUGGCACGGCUCUAGCAGCGAGGGUCACCGCCAGACAGACAACUACUGCGAGACAUGGAGGGCAGGAGACCGCGCAGUGACAGGCCUAGCAUCCUCACUGCAGUCCGGCCAGCUCCUACAACAGUCGCCCAGCAGCUGCUCUAGCUCCUACAUAGUGCUGUGUAUCGAGAACAGCUAUCUCUCUCACUCCAAAAAAUAAGGAAAAAAAACGUCCCUGUUACUUUGGUCCUAGUAAACGCAAUGCAAUUGUCCAAAUAGGCUCAUUCCUCCCUCCCACGCCUCCAAAACAUGACGUCCUACGAACUGGGUCUGCAGCUCCUUGCCUGGCAGAGAAGCUUGCCAUUGUCUAAUUCAUCCCUUCCGUAAUGCCAAAGAGACGGGUCGAACAUAGAGGUGUUUGCCGUUUUCUUAGGGCAUUGGCACAUAUUUUCCAAGGGGUUGAACAAGAGAAGAGAAGCUAACUGCGGCAGCAUUUUUAAUUGUAUCCAUUCAAAAAUAUAUAUUGUAUAUGAUAUGUCUGUUUUUAUUUUUAUUUCUGGUUUUAUCAAUGUUACUUUUUAAGCUGUCUUCAAAUUUGGUAUAUUCAAUUAGCUAUACAAUUUUUAUGUACCGUUUUCCACAUUUUUGUUUUAUUUUCAUUUCAUUUAAGGCUUGUGCUUUACUAAGGGGGAAACCUCUUAAAUAAUAUUUUACAAUUAAAGAAGAGAAUAGUUAUUUAUUUUGAAAUGAAGUUAUAUGAGAACAUACAAUUUGAUUUGGAAAGGUAACAACAAAUGUCAAAUGCCCUAACCCAUAUUGUAGUCAGCAGUCACAGAAUAUUUCAUACAUUUACACAGGCAAGGGUGAGUUUCCUAACCUAAUAUGGAAAACUGUAAGUUGCAAGCAUGUGUGGUUUUAGAAAUGCAUGUCAAAAGAGAUUCUGAUAAGAAAUUGUGAAUUGAUAUCUGCUCCCAAGAUAAUUGUUUUUGUAAAAAUAAUAUUGCAAUAAUGUUAUGUACCAGGUCACAAAUAUGUGCAAUGUGAAUAUAAAUAUGAUUUAUUUAAAUUCCAUAUAGAACUUUACUGUUUACUUGACAUUUUAUAUUUGGUGAAGAUAACUUUUAUAUGUCCUCAUUGGACAUAGCCUACACACAAUUUGCCAUGUUUAUAUCCAAGACACAAGUUAUAAGGUCUUUCUUAACAUUAAAGCAGAGGCUGAGACAAAUUUGAUGGAAAGUGUUAAUCAAAAAAGAAAAUCCAGUUCAUAAUAACCUACCAUUCGGAUAUGAAAAUGUUUCAAUUUUGUGCUAAUCCCUAUUGAAGUGACUGCUGACUGUGAUGGUUGAGGAAACUCGGAUGUAUUUUAUUAAGACACUUUGUAUUAGCCUCCUGUUGUUGAAUUUCUGGGGCUAUCUUGGCUACUGUUGUGUCUUGACUGAACAAGUAUGAACCUGUGGAUAUUCAUUAUUUUUGUAACAAGUAUGUGCUGUAUCAUUUCUCAGAGGCACUGAAUAAAUGGGGGUUUUCCACCGACACUUUUA